AUGGCUCCCAUCAAGAACAUCAUCCUGGCCCUUUUCGUCGCUGCCGAUCUCGCAGCAGUCUCAGCCCACAGCGUCAUCACCAAUGCAGUUGGUGAUGCCGGUGGCUCUGGCAUGGCCCUUGGUGUUGAUACUUCAACUCCUCGAGACGGAACUCGAAGACGCCCUUUCCAGCAAGACGCAACUCGCUUCCGAGGCAACGCCGCUGAUACCGUCGGCGAAACCUUGUCUAACGGUGAUAACGACAUCGAGCAGGGAACAUUGGAUAUCAUGGAAGAGACAGGAAGCCAGCUCCCUCAGGUUAACCCCGGUGGUAGCCUCGAGAUGACGGUUCAUCAGGUCAACUCAGACGGUGCUGGCCCAUACACCUGCAUGAUCAACGCCGACGGCACCGGUACGUCAUGGGAUAACAUCCCCGUGACGACUAAUGUCGAGGGUAAUGAGCGGGGACGCAACCGGGACGGCGAGAUGGGAGACUUUCCUCUUGUUGCCUCUAUUCCUGCUGGGCAGAACUGUACCGGAACAGUCGCGGGCGAGGACAACGUCUGUCUUGUCCGCUGUCAGAACCCGGCUCGCGCUGGCCCAUUUGGUGGUGUGAUUCCAGUCCAGAUGGCUCAGGCCAAUGGCGACACUGCUGGUAAUGCUGGUAACGACGGAAACACGGGAAACAAUGGCAAUGCUGUGGUAAUGACGAUGAGGAGGAGGAGGAUGAGAACGACGCUGGCACUCGCAACAACCGCCGUGCCACUCGCUUCUUUGCAUAAAUGA